AUGCGGCCGUCGCCCGUGGACGCGUCUUCCGACCGGCAGCAGGGACCGGGCGGCGCUCACCGUCUCGAAGCUCCCAUCGCCGAGUACAUCAGCCUCGACGCCAUUUGCGAGCGCCUCAAGCCCAGCCUUUGCACGGAGUUCACCUACAUUGUCCGUGAGGGGGACCCCAUCGACGAGAUGCUCCUCAUCAUCUGGGGUCGCCUCGAGAGCUCCGCCACCAACGGUGGCCGCAUGGGGUUCUACAACUAUGGCCUACUCAAGGAAGGGGACUUCUGCGGCAAGGAGUUGCUCACGUGGGCGCUCGACCCCAAGGCCAGCGCCAACUUCCCGCUCUCCACACGCACUGUCAGGACCAUCUCCAAUGUUGAGGCCUUCGCGCUACGUUUCGAGGAGCUCAAGUUCAUCAUUGGCCAGUUCUGGCGGCUACACAACAAGCAGCUACAGCAGAUGACAGUGGGCGACCGAGCAGCUGUGAUUGUUUUUCUUGAUUUUGUGAAUGUUUGUGAUUACCAAAUGAGUGUGGUGAUUUUUGUGAAUGUUCUGUGA